AAGAAAAGAAAAGCUCUCUGCGUCGUUUGUGCAUCACCCGAAGCCCAUGUGCCAAAGAUUCCAACAAUAUUGAUCGGAGCUGUGGGGGAGGUUCUCUGAUGCAGAACAGUGGGAAAGCUCCAGGGAAAACAAAGUACAGCUCCCUAGCUGAUGCUCAUUUAUCACUCGAUCCUGAGGAAAUAGUGAUGUUUAAUGGCGGCGCCUUCCGGAGGACAUUGCAGCUCCUUGCAAUCAUAGACCCAUCAUCAAGAGGAAAGCUCUCAUCAUGAGCGUGCAAGGUGAGGUGAGGAGAAAGUGAUAGAGAGGAAGACAGAGAGAGAAAGAAAGAAAGAUGGUCCUCCACACCACCCCGUACUCUGGCGCCUGUCUGCACUUCCUGGACGGCUUGUCGUGGAGCCUGGUGUUCCCCUGUUACUGGCUCUUGGACCGGCUCCUGGCCUCCUGCGUGGCCACCUCGCUGGAGAAGCGCCAGCGCUCCCAGGACCCCUGCUCCUUCCUCACUCUGUGCAUCCUGAUCUCUGCACCCCUUUACCUGUUCCUGCUCCUCGCCUCCCUGCCUUUUGCCCUGCUGGGCUUCAUCAUCUGGGCGCCCUUGCAGGCCGUCCGCCAGCCCUACCUGUACACCUACUGCAGACCAGACAAACACCAGGCCGAGCAGGGCCAAGCAGGACUAGGGGGCGUAGGUACUGGGGAAUGGAGGCCACAAGGCAAAAGCUUUUGUUUCUGCAGUGCCAACGCAUGCCUGCUGCCAGAGUCCCUGGCCAGGUUCAACAACCUGUCAGACACCCACAGAAGAGCCUGUGAAGUGGGGAAGAGGAUCUGCAAUGGUGCCAGUCGGCCUCAGAUUAAAAUCUACAUUGAUUCGCCUACAAACACUUCCAUCAGCGCAGCAUCUUUCAGCAGCCUUGCCACAGGUUUCCGUCGUACCUCCUCUCUGGGCCAGCGCCCAGACCAAACACACCCCAACAAUGUCCCAGCCAAUGUUGAAACUGAACCCCUCACCGAGUGCCCAGUUCACCCCUCAGGUGCCACCGAGUGCCCUGUUCACCCCACUGCAGGGGACCAGGGCCCCUCUGAAUGCUCAAUUCACCCAGACUCAGCUGAUGCCACAGAAGACUGCCCCCUCCAUUCCGCACAUGCUAACAACGGCUCCGACUGUCCUGUUCACACCUCAGGGGAGACUCCAGACUGCCCUAUGCAUUCCACAAGGCCACAGAGUGGCCCCAGCCAUCAGGACUGCCCCGUGCACAGGGAGGGGACCCAGACAAAACCCUUCACAGACUGCCCACCUCACACCUCAGGAGUUCAGAUCAGCAUCAGUGCCCCAAAACCGAGCACCCAGGAGCAGGCCGUUGAAACAGAGAACCAUCGUCCUGGGGAACAGGCAGGAGGAGGAGACGCAGGCAGCAUGACUGCCUCCAGGGAGUCUCUUGCUCGUUACCAUGGAGGGGACAGCAAUGUAGCGAUAUCCCCAAACAAUACUCUCUCUCAUGUUCCUCAUACAUCAAUCUUUAAGCGUCCAGGACGAAAACGCCGUCAUGGGGAUGAGACUUUUGACCACGAGAUCUCUGCCUUUUUUCCUGCUAACUUGGAUUUCCUGGCUCUACAGGAGGUGUUUGACCAUGGAUCAACAACCAGACUGCGACGGCAGCUGCAUCACUAUUUUCCCUAUGUGCUGAGUGAUGUUGGGCGGUACGGCUGGAAAGGUUGCUGCUCAAGGUUCAAAUUCCUGAACAGUGGGCUGAUGUUGGCUAGCCGCUACCCAAUCCUGGAUGCACGGUAUGAGUGCUACCCCAACGGAAGAGGGGAAGAUGCAUUGGCAGCCAAGGGGGCACUGUUUACCAAGGUUCACGUGGGCAUGUCCCACCAGGAGCAAAGGGUUGUGGGAUAUGUCACGUGUACACACCUCCAUGCUAUAGAAGGUGGUGCUUCUGUGCGAUGUGAGCAGCUGAACCUGUUACUCAAGUGGGGGGCCGAAUUUCGCCAAUCCUCGUCCCAGCCUCCUGAAGGAGAGAAGGUGCUGGAGGACCUGGUGGCCUUUGAUGUCAUCCUGGGAGACCUCAACUUUGACAACUGCUCUUCAGAGGACAAACUGGAGCAGCAGCAUGCAGUGUUUACUCAGUACAAGGACCCAUGUCGUAUGGGGCCGGGAGAGGACAAGCCAUGGGCUCUGGGCACUCUGCUGGAUCCCAGUGGCCUUUAUGACGAUGAGGUCAGCUCACCUGAAAGUUUACAAAAAGUGAUGGAGAAUGAAGAGGGGAGGAAGGAGUACCUGGUGUUUCCACCCAGUAAGAAGCAGUGUCCCACCAGCAGUCAGAAGGGGAGGAAGAUCCCACUGAAGGGCAACGGACGGCGGAUUGAUUACAUCCUCUACAGUGACGAGGGCCUGCAGCAGGACUGGAAACUGGAAAUUGAGGAGUUCAGCUUUGUCACCCAGUUGGCCAGUCUCACCGACCACCUGUCUGUGGCCAUGCGACUGACUGUUUCCACCGGGGAAGAGGAGCCUUAGACUAAAUACUGCCAAGAAGGAAUGACAAACAACCCAGAAGAGAAGAAGAGAUUUCAAGUUUACAGAUAUGGAGCUGCUUGAGACAGAAUGCAGUUCUGCAUGAGGACUGGAGAGACAGCAAACUGGACAGAUGAAUCAGUGGAAGCAUACUCACCUGACGAAUGGAUAUAAAGGAGGUAGAGGAGAGUGCAGCUGUGGCGAGAUAUGAAAAAGAAAGACUGCAGGGGAGAGAUAAGCACAGGGGAGUCCCGUUUAAAAAGCCAGGAAGAUAAUCACCUUCCCAAAUAAAUCACACACACACACACUAAAUAAAGCACCAAACACACAAAUAUAAGUGACGGACAUUGUGACUGUUAAAUAUCACCUGGCCUCUCUGCUUCUCUCCCUGCUGA